AUGAUAUUCAAGAGAUUUACAAUUGUGCCCAUUCCUGGAUGGAAGAAAGCAAAUGGCCCACCUUCAACUGGCAAAGUAGUCCCCUGUCAUUCCCCAUUUAAAUUAAUUGAACUUGAAAAGCCAAAGUCAUCCAAUAGUCUCUUGUUUCUGGCUGUAUGUCGCUGUGUUUUCUCCAAUAAAUAUGAAAACAUAUUCCUUAAAAAGGAGAAAGAAGUUCGAAAUGAUUCGGUAUUUUAA